UCCCUUAGCUUUCCCAUAAUAUCUCUCAUCGGAUUUCCCGAAAUUUCUUCAAAGCCGUCCGCCCAGAUCAAACCUAAAACCAAUGGCCUGCUUGUGGCUUGCCUUCAAUUUUCUACUUUCUUCCUUCAAGUUUUCUCUUUGAGUCAUUUCUUCAAGAAAGUUUAAACUAUAAAAAAUUUCAAAAAAAUCUUUUGCUUCUUGUGAUUUCUUGUGCCGCUAGCUUUGCUUCCAAGUUUAAUUUCUUUUGCUCAUCAGUUUUUUUUCUUCCCAAAAAAAAAAAAAUCCUUCUGCUUGUUGUGAUUUCUUGUGACGCUUUCUGCAGAUUUCUUUUGACUGUCAGUUUUUUUUCUUCAAAAACAAAAAAUCCUACCUGUUGUAAUUUCUUGUGACACCUCAACUCUUCUUUCAAAUUUAUUUUCAUCAUCAGUUUAUUUUCUUCCAGGAAAAAAAAAGGAAAUAGAAAAGGAGAGGGAGCUGAUAUGGCUUUGAAGAAGUUCGAUCUUUCAAAGAAGCUAACAAAUCUGCCGAUGAUCUCGCUCUCGCCUUAGUCUUGUUAAGUUCUUCAUCAGGAUUGUUCUUGCCUGGUUUUCUAGUUUGUUUUUCCAUUCCUCUUGCUACCAAAAGGGGGGAAAGAAAGAAGAGAAAAGAAGAAAAGAAGUUUGAUCUUUGCAGAUGCUGUGACGUCCAUAUCAGUCUCCUUUACGUUAAACUGCUUUUGUCCCUCAACUACUGUCAGAGUACGGUUGAAAUCUUCAUAAAAAAAGUGGGCUUGUUGGCAAAAGGGAAGAAAUCUGAUCUUUGCAGCCCUUUUUUGGUCGACGUAGCACAGGAGACCCAAUAGAGUGCCUCGCAGGGAAUCAAUUUCUGUCUCCGAUCUUCUCGUUAUAAGCCUUGGUCAACGUAGCACAGUAGACCCAAUAGACUGCCCCCGGCAAGGAAUCAAAUAUCUGUCUCCGAUCUUCUUGUUACGACGUACGAUGAACUACCUCACUACAAUUAUCCCACUAGAAUUCAGGAGAAAGAGCAGCUAAGAAAAAAGAAGAAAAUAGAGAAGGAGAGGGAGCUUAUAUUGCUUUGAAGAAGUUUGAUCUUUCAGGGAAGCUAAUAAAUCUGCCAAUUAUGUCGCUCUCGCCUUAGUCUUGUAAAGUUCUUCAGGAUUGUUCUUGCCUGGUUUUCUAGUUUGUUUUUCCAUUCCUCUUGUUACCCAAAAAGAAAAAAAGAAAAGAAGUUUGAUCUUUGAAGACGCCGUACGUUCAUAUCAGGUCGAAAAAAUAUUUGCAUUCUCGUAGGUUCCGUUACGUUAAACUGCUUUUGUCCCUCAAGCAUUGUCAGAGUACGGUUGAAAUCUUCAUAAAAAAGUGCCUCCUCUUCGUCAAUUGCUUGUUAUGGUGCCAACAUAAAAAAAAAAAAAUCAAAAAUCGAAAAAAGGGCUUCCCAUCUAAGAGUUGUCAAGCAAAGUUGAAAUCUUCAGAAAAAAUUGGUUGAAUUUCUUUCAAUGGCGGGUAUAGACUUUGGGAUCAAUUUUGGGGCUGGGCUUGCAGUAAAUAUAGUGACAGCAGUAGGUCGACAAGCUUGCUAUUGUUAUGAAUUCAACAAGCUUGUUAUUGAUAUGGGUGAUGAGCAAAACAACUUAAUAUCAACAAGAGAUGGCAUGCUAGUCCAGUUUGGAAAAGACAAAGCUAACAGUAAAGAGCCUCCAGGAGAUCUUCAAUUGCAGUUAAAGGCAGCAAAUGACCUCCUAGACAAAGUGGAGAAGUUGAAAGGGAAAGCAGACGCAAAACAAAGCUGUUGCCUUGGGGUUUGCCCUAACUGGAUAUGUCGAUAUAUUGUAGGCAAGAAAGCAGAUGAGAAGACGAAAGCAAUGAAGCAACUCAAUAAUAGUUUGAGACUGAAGCUCUUGUCUGCACAUCGUCUAUCACUUCGUCCGAUGCAGCCAUCAGAAGAUUUUAUUCUAUUUAAGUGCAUAGAAGAGGCACGCAAGAAAAUCUUAAUGGCACUGAGAGAUAAUGAGAAGACUAGAAUUGGGCUUAGUGGAAUGGGUGGUUGUGGUAAGUCAUCCUUGUUAAGAGAAGUGCAAAGGGAAGUGGAAGAAUCUAAACUUUACAAGACAGCAUUCGCUGUAGUGUCCAAUCCUCCAAAUUACAUAGCUAUUCAAGACAGCAUUGCAAACUGGAUAGGCUUGCUAUUUGAGAGGGAGAAAAAUGUACCUGAUAGAGCUGCAAGAUUGUCGAUGACAAGUGGAAGGGAUGAUAAAAAAUAUUUCAUAAUCCUGGAUGAUGUGUGGGAUGUGCUUGACUUUGAAGCCAUUGGGCUACCUGUUGGUGCAAAAUGCAAGGUUCUUCUAAGUACUCGGCAACAACCUAUAUUUGACAUCAUGAAAUUCGAUGAAAAGAUUUAUUUGUCGAUUUUAACGGACGAGGAAUCUUGGGAAUUGUUCCAAAGGCAUGCUGGUGAAAUAAAAGACCCAUUCCCACAAGUGGCCCGAGAGAUCACUAAUAAUUGUUAUAGAUUACCUGUUGCAAUUAAAGCUGUGGCUAGUAUAUUAAGGGGCCAUGAACUUCAUGCGUGGACAGAAUCAUUAGCAACAUUACAAGAUCGGAGACGGCCACUAAAUAUUGAAAAAGGAUUGGAAGAUCCCUGUAGAUGUCUGAAAUUGAGUUUAGAUUCAUUGAAGGAUGCAGAAGAGGUAUCACUCUAUUUAUUAUGUGCUCUGUUCCCCAACGAUUCAGAAAUCGCCAUCGAAGUUUUGAUCAAAUUUGCAUUUGGGUUGGGCGUAUUUCAAGAUAUUGAUUCAUAUCAAAGGGCUAGGUCCAAAGUGCGUGCAGCCAUUGAUAAGUUCCAAAACUACUGUUUGUUAUUGAAGGAAGGACAGUUUGUUAAAUUACAUGACAUGUUUCAUGCUUUGGCCUUAUGGGAAGCAAAGAAAAAAACUCAAGUGAUUAUGGGACCUAGACAGAUUUUAGCCUUGAUAGAGGCAGAUCAUAUGAAAGAUACAAAUAGAUUAUAUUGCCAUGAUAUACAAGAAAUUCCAGAUCAAUUGAACUGUCCUGAACUUGAGAUACUAUUUGUGUCCAAUAAUGGUGGGUACUCAUCAAAAUUCCCAAAUAUGUUUUUCCAGGAGAUGACAAAGUUGAAAGUGCUGGCCAUAAAAAAUACAUCUAUUGGGACAAGCCCAAAUCUACUGCUACCUGAAUCAAUUGAGGGACUGAAAAAGCUUCAAACUCUUUGCUGGAGAGGAUGGACGUUAAUCAAUAUCUCUAUUUUUCAAAAACUAGAGAUGCUUCAUACUAUUGAGCUAUUAUAUUGUGAAAUGAAAGAGCUGCCUGGAGAAUUAGCAAACCUGAAGGCAUUAAAGUUGUUGGAAGUAUCAAAUUGCAAAAUAGGAGGCAAUCCUUAUGAGGUGCUCGCCACAUGUUUACAUUUGGAAGAGCUAUAUCUUGUUAAAAAUCAUCUUCCAGAAAUGGUGCAGAUAGGUCAAAAUGUUGCUAAAUUUUUUCACCAAAUUGGCUCCUUUAGCAUACUGCAAAGGUAUCAUCUGGAAAUUGGAGGUCCCAUAAAUAAAACCAAGGAUGAUUCAUUGUCUAAACUCAUAUCGAUAAAUGAUUUUGAUGCCUCUAUCUCAAAUGAAGCAAUCCAGGCAUUGCCACAGACACCAGAAGUUCUUUUCUUCGAAAAGAUUUGGGGAGAUUGUAAAAGCAUCAUUCCUGACAUGUUUCCAGUACAAGGCGAAUGUUUGAACGAGUUAAAAGAAUUUGUACUUCGUGAUUCUGAUUGCAUAAAAUGGCUGAUUGACACCACAAAUGAUCAAUUAUAUAAGACUAGAACCAGCUUCACCAAGUUGCAAAAGUUGAAAGUUGAAGCCAUGAAGUGCUUGGAAACCUUGUGCCAUGGUCCACCUCCUUCUGGCCUUUUCGAGAAUUUAAAGAAGCUAUUUAUAACAAAAUGUAGCCAAUUGGCAUCUCUCUUCACAACUACUACUGCUCAAAAAAUGGUGACGUUGGAAGUUCUGGAAGUAAUAGGUUGUGGUAAACUGAGGUAUAUUAUAAAAGUUGAAAACAGUGACAAUACUUCAGCGGGGCCUGUGCUCCAAAACUUGAAACAAAUCAGUGUUAAAAGUUGUGGAAAUAUGAAAUGCAUAAUGCCAAUCUCUUUUGCUAGUGGCCUUUUGCAACUAGAGAUUCUUGAAAUAGAAGAUGCUGCUAAGUUGCAAUAUGUAUUUGGCAAAGAUAAUCUUGAAAAAGAUCAAAAUCAGAACCAAAGCAUUGACCAUCCAUCUAUGAAAAUAUUCAAGCUCAUUAACUUGCCAAUUAUCAUCAGCAUCUGCCCACAAAAUUAUCAUAUAAUGUGGCAAUUGGAUGAACAACUUGUAAUGAGGUGUCCAAAGUGGAGGGAUAGAUCUUAUUUAUAUUCAGAAACAAGUCAGCAAGGUGGUGAGAAAGCUACAAAGCAGGCUGAAUUGCUUUCAAUGUUGGGUGGUAAGGACUUUGGAAUCAAUACUGGAGAUAGUAUUCCCAGGGAUUUGGCACGAUCAGCAUCAAGGAACGAUCAAUUCAACACUCUUGUUAGAAGUCUUCACGAAGAAAAAGGCAAGUUACUAGUUAAAAUUGAAGAAGUGGAAGCCAACACUGCUGAGCCUUCGGGAUACUUGAAGCGAGAGUUAGACGAAGCAAAAGAUCUCAUAGAAAAAGUAGAGAAGCUCGAAGGCAAAGUGGAAGCAAGCAAGAAUAGUUGUUCUUGGCUUGCCUUAAGUUGA